UAUCAUUGGCAUCGAAUAAGUCAACCCGAAAUCACUUAAAACCUCAUAGAGAGAAGGUUCAUCGGGUUUUAACACUUUACUGGUGUGGUUUUCUCAGCAUCAUGCUCGCUAGAGCAUUGUAGAACUUGCUGGAUGUGGGAAUGCGUACGAUUUAGCAAAGUGUGGAUAAGAUGCCACCAUGGCUCAGAGGGUUAGAAGUAGUCCGAAGUUUGGGGUGCCUGCAGUAGUUUCAUGCCUCAUCGCUCUGUUCUGUGCCAACGUCCUUCUUUAUGUUUACCUGGAUGCUCUAUACGAGGACACAUCCCCAUCUUCAACACACAUGCACUGCUCACCAGGCUAUUUUAAAGUGGGCACUAUGAAAAACUGCACUCCGUGGUUGCAGUGUCCUGAAAUCCGUGCUAAUAUCCGUCGCCUCAGACUGAUUGGACAAGGAGCUGUAAAGCAGGUCUACCUUUCAGAGUGGCAGGGGCAAAAAGUAGCACUGUGUGCCUUAUCCUCAGAGCAGUAUAAAGCUGAUUUUCUUCAUGGGCUGUCCAUGCUACGUUCCUUGCAGAGUGUGCGUGUGGUAGCACUUGUGGGUGUGUGUGAAGAAGAUGGAGUAUUUGUUACCGAGUACCACCCUUUGGGAUCAGCCCUGACACUUGAUUCUACUCUUGCUAAGGAUCGUUACCGCUCUCAGGACACGUGGCAUGUGCGCUUGCGGUUGGCGCUGGACUAUGUUGUCUUUCUGGUGUUUUUGCAUAACAGCCCAGGGGGUACCCGUGUCAUGUGUGACUCGAAUGACCUGCACAAAACACUCAGUCAAUUCUUGCUGACCUCUGACCUGCGACUUUUGGCAAAUGAUCUGGAUGCUUUGCCGUUGGUGGACCCUCGGGGUCAGGGCAUAAAGUGUGGCAAUCGUGAACUGAUGGGUGAGUUCGUUGCUCCUGAGCAGCGGUGGCCUUAUGGUGAGGUGUCUUUCUCAGAUGACCUCAUGCCAGGCUACAAUGAAAAGUCAGACAUCUGGAAGAUUCCAGAUGUGACCCAUGCUCUGCUGAGUCAUGUCCCGGGGAGCGAUGUUAUCCACUUGCACCUCUUUGAGAUCCAUGCAGCAUGUAAGAGGCAGGAUCCUAAGCUACGUCCAUCAGCGCAUGAGGUCCUCAGUGUUUAUCGUUCUGUUUAUGACAGCAUGAAGGAAAGCCACACAGAAAGUGUCAGAGACAUGCUGUGAAUUUCAUAUAAUUCAGUUUGUGUGUUUGGCACAAAUAGGAGGCGAGAGACAGUGAAAGUGGUGAGCAUCAGUCAGGACAAUAGGCAAUAAAAUAUGUUCACAUUUUUGUGCAUCUUUUGUUUAAAAAAAAUUUACACAUUUAAUAAAGUUAAAACAUGUUUUAGUA